AUGGAUUGGAAAGUUAGAGGGUCCCACCAGUACGCCUACACUCAUUCGAUUCCCAUUAUGGAGUGCAGUGCUAAACGGCAGACGGAGGUAGCCGAGGCGUUCAAAGAACUUCUCGAAAGACUUCGUGAUGAGAACAGGAUAGGGAUCACCAAUUUAGUGAAGAGAAGACAAUCCAUGCCGAGUACCCGAGCUUACAGUGGUAUCGAUGUGGCGGAUGUGGAAAAGCUGAAAAGCAAACAAAAAUCGAGUUGUGUGAUCUCCUGA